CUCAGCAGUGUGUCUCGUGCCUCCCGGUGCUGUUUGUUGCUGAGUCUGGUUUUCGCGCGCGCGUGUCGUUACUCAUAUUUCGUAAUAAAAGCUCGAAGUUAAAAAGAAAGAAUUUUCCUCUUCACGGACACUCGGUGCGUUUUUAAACACAGCCGCAGAGACAUCUUCAUCAUCAUCAUCAUCAUCAUGGAGCUGUCCACUGCUGCUGAAGCUGAAUUCCCCGACCUUUACUCAGUCAUCCCCUACAAUGUCACUUUCCCGGACGAUGUGUCUGCCUUCGUCCCGGACGGACAAAACCAGACUGAGACCAGUCCCUCGAAGGGAACCGCGGGGAUCGUGAUAGCUGUGUCCAUCACGGCUCUCUACUCGGUGAUCUGCGUGGUGGGACUCCUCGGGAACAUCCUGGUGAUGUACGGGGUGGUCAGAUAUACCAAGAUGAAAACUGCCACAAAUAUCUACAUUUUCAACCUGGCUCUGGCUGAUGCUUUGGCCACCAGUACACUUCCCUUCCAGAGUGCUAAAUACCUAAUGAACACCUGGCCUUUUGGAGAGCCCCUGUGCAAGCUUGUCAUAGCCAUUGACUACUACAACAUGUUUACUAGCAUCUUCACCCUGACCAUGAUGAGUGUCGACCGUUACAUUGCUGUGUGCCACCCGGUCAGGGCACUCGAGUUCCGGACACCCGCCAAGGCCAAAUUGAUCAACGUGUGUGUUUGGAUUCUCUCAUCUGCCAUUGGAGUACCCAUAAUGGUCAUGGCAGUUACUAAGGUGACGGACCAAGGAAAAACAGUCUGCACUUUGAAGUUUCCUGAUCCUGAUUGGUACUGGGACACAGUCACAAAAAUCUGUGUCUUCAUCUUCGCCUUUGUGGUGCCAGUCCUCGUGAUCACUAUCUGCUACGGGUUGAUGAUCCUUCGCCUGCGCAGUGUCCGGCUGCUCUCAGGUUCCAAAGAGAAGGACAGGAACAUGCGUCGCAUCACUCGCAUGGUGCUAGUGGUGGUGGCGGCUUUUAUCAUCUGCUGGACGCCCAUUCACAUCUUCAUCAUUAUCAAAACUCUGGUGGAGAUCGAUCAGAGGAAUCCCUUCGUCAUCGCCAGCUGGCACCUGUGCAUUGCCCUUGGUUACACCAACAGCAGUCUCAACCCCAUCCUUUACGCCUUCCUAGAUGAGAAUUUCAAGAGGUGCUUCAGGGAGUUCUGCUUACCAUUCCGCACCAGGAUGGAACAAAACAGCAUUUCCAGAGCAAGGAACCCCAACCGGGAACCAGCCUCGGUUUGUGCUCCGUCCCAGGCAGGAAGGACGCCAGUAUGACUAGGCCUGGAACGGAUCCCACCAGGAUCCAGGUCACGAGUUCAACAAGAUCUGCAGUCGGAGGUCACCCAGAUUUCCACCACUGAAUUCUAGAACUGACCAAGUGCCAAGUUAUUCACAUAGGAAGAAUAGUAUACCAGAGUAACACCAAUUCCUAGCUAACUUUUUUAGGUACAGCAUUGCAAGAGGCAUGAAUUACAGUAAGAAGACUGUCCAGUGUAUCCUCACAUGUCAGAAGAUAUGAGGUGAUAUGAGGCUUUGAUCGGUUGAAGACUAUUAAUGAUUUUUGUUGUUGGACAAAACCGCAGUCGAUUUUGACUUCACCCACCUUCACAUGGUUGAAAAGAAAACCUGCAUCCACAGCAGCCCUCUGUCGAUAAGACUGGACUCGCCUAAUCUAAAUGAACACUUCCAAGCAACUACAAUGUCAACUGAGGACAUUUUACAAUAUCAGUUGACAAAAUGGAAAAUUGUUAUAACUUUUGUUUUUUAACCUUUGAAAGAAUUGGUAUCAGUUUUUCAACAUUCAGGAAUGCCUUACUCGGUCGAACAAAUUUAAACCACCCAAAAAGUGUAUAAAGUAACAUUCAUUUAAGUAGCGUAUUCAAGUAGUGCAGUGUGCUUAUGUACAAUAGGAUUAAAAGGAACUUUUGUCAUGUAUAUAGUGUAUAGCAUAUUAUAUGUUACAUUUAUUUAAAAAAUCUGCUUAUAUUUUAGCUGCGUAAAGAGUAACAAUCAAAUCAUUGAUAAUUUGCUUUAGUGCUUCGGUACUCCAAGGAGUAGAUACAAUUCUCUGUUUGCUUCUACAGAAAUAAUGAUAUAAUACUAAUAAUUUGUAGUUAAAAUAUCUCUUUUUUUGUUCUUGAGUGUUUUCUGUGGCCCUGUUCAUUAAAAAUUGUCAAUGAUCAUGAAAUAACAGUGUGGAUUUUGCUCCAGCAGAUUUUGCUGUUUUUCCAGUUGACCCCAACUCACAUU